AUGGCAACUAAAAUUUCUACAGAAAUAUUAAUUAUGAUUUUAAAUAAUGUUCAAUCAACUCAAGAUUUAUAUUCAUCAUUAUUAGUUAAUCGAAUCUGGUGUAAAGUUACUAUGCCUAUACUUUGGGAAUUACCUUUGGGUCAAGAAUACCGUCGGGUGGAGAAGUUGAGGAAUAAAGCAUUAUGUAUUCGAACUUAUAUAUCAUGUAUGGAUACUCAAGCUAGAAAUUUACUUAUUCAAAAUGGAUUCGAUUUAUCAUCAUCACCACCUCAAGCCACUUUCGAUUAUCCAUCAUUCACUCAUAAAUUAAUAAUAGUUAAUUUAGUUAAUUUUGUUUCCGUAUAUUCAUCUAAAAUUAAUCCACAACAAAUUAUUGGUUCCGAUCAAAAUAAUAUUAAGAAGAAUAACGAAUCAAGAUUAUUAUUUAGUGAGAUAUGUAGAUUAAUAAUAAAUCGUUGUACAUUUUUAGAUUCAUUUAAAAUGACGGGAACCAUAAGUAAUAAUUUUUAUGAAAUUUAUUAUAAAAAUUUAUGUAAUUACAGCGAUUUAAUUGGUUCAAUUCUCAAGUUACCCGGUGCUCCGGAAGUAUUUAAGAAAUUAGAAAGUUUUACUUCGACAAUAGAAAAUGAUGAUAUUUGUCCAUUAUAUGAAUCAUUAAUAUCAAUUUGUGAUAAUAUUUUAAAUAUGGAUUUGUCUUUGAAUUCAUAUUCUCAAGUUCAAUUAUUACCAAAACUUAUCAGUGUCCAAAAACGUUUAGAAAAUCUAUCAAUUGCUGGUAAGAGUUAUCUAGAUUGCAAUUCAUUAUUUCGGGCUAUCAUCAGUCAAAAAGAAACAUUAAAGAGUCUUCGUCUAUAUUCAGUAAAUUUAAAUCGUGUUGAGGAAAAUUCAUCACCAAUUGAUCAAUUUAUUUCACUUCAAGAACUUUAUAUCGUAGAGUGUUCCGGAUUACAUAAAUCAGGUUGUUUGUUCUUGGCUUCAUCAUUUACUCAAUUAAGUAGUUUUCAUUAUUUUCAUUCAGAAGAUGUGGCUCAAAAAUAUCCUCAAGAAUUUAUUAUAAAAAUUAUCGAAACAUCAAAUACAAAUUUAAGAAAUAUUUAUCUAGAUUUAUAUCCAACAAUUACUUUUGAUACAAAUUGGGCAAUUUUAAAUCAUUGUACGAAGAUUACCGAAUUAACUUUAUUAAAUUUAAGACCUGAGCAAGUAAUAGCAAUAUUUAAUAAUAAUUUUGAUGAAUUAAGAAGAUUUUCAUUUGGUUGUGGAAUAGAAAUGUUUCAUGCUGAUGGAUUAUUUUGUCAAAUGGCUGAGAAUGUACCAGAAUCGCUUGAAACUAUUGAAAUUAUAAUGGGUUAUGAAAAUCCAUGGAUAUUUAGUGCUAGUAGUUUAAGAAAAUUUUUUGAAGGUUGGUGUUGUGAAAGAGGAGGAGGAAAUAAAAAUAUUAUUGUAAUAGGACCACGACUAUUUACAUUAAGCGAUGAACAUUUUAAAGUUAUUGAAGAAUAUGGAGUUCAAUUUGAUAUAGAGGAAUUAUGA